AUGAUGGACAAGAGCGCAGCCAAUGGGGGCCCGCCGUCGUACACAGACACAGCCGCUCCCUCUACAUCGUACACAGACGCAGCGACUCCCUCUAGUGCUGAUACGGAAGCAAUCGUGUUCGGCACGUCAGCGCUCUCCCUUGAUUGCAGUGACACUGUCGAACAAAGUCAAGAUCAGGAGCUGCCACGCGGUGUCACGCUCAAGGAAGCGCACGAUCCAACCUCAGCAUACAGCUACACCAAAGUCGCACUGGAACUACCUCUGAUCUCGUCAACGAGGCGGAUUGCCGCUCCGCCUGCUCAGUCUGCACCACUUCCGCCCUUCUUGCUGCAGUGCACGCUCUUUGCCUCGUACGACAUCAACGCGCCUCAUCCUGUGCCAUUUCGGCAGGUGGGCUGCCCAGCUACACAUGGUCGCGGUCAGACCUCGGCGUCUUCGAACAAGGUUGCGCAAUCCGUCUCGAAGCUUCGCAAACGUCUGGGUGUGCAGAUCCCUCUCGCAUACCUUGGCAGUGCAGGCUUCAACCCCAACUCGGCCGCUUCAUACAGCAGUGUCUUCGCCUACCUCGCUCACCAGCAGCCAAGGAAUGGUGCGGAGAUGACCGCUCGUUCCGGCAACGUCAGUCGCUAUCGCAAGGUCAGCCUUUUUCAGGCCCAAGCGAGAGAGAUGACAGGCAUCGUCUCGAGACCGUUGAUCGAAAGAGUGCUUUCGGCGAUGUAUGCCGGUCAAGGUAUCUACAACAAGAUGGCGCUGUUUCCUGCCGAAGCAGUCCUGCGUUAUUCGAGCAAGUCCUUGGACGCAGAUGCAGACGCUGAAGAAGGCGAGCAGAAGUCCGGCUGGCUCUCCAAGCUCAAGUCGAAAGCCAAAGGCAAGGGUAAGAGCAGCGACAGCACGGACAGUCUAUCAGGCUCGCACGCCAUCGAGCAAGUCAAGUCCGUCGAGAGCGUACGUAGGACAUCGACCAGGGACGACUCUGCCAAUGUGCGAUUCGUCAAGACAGGGAUGGUGUUUGCGACGCUCGACCUGCUCGCUCCUCCGCCACGCCUACUCGAGACGGGCGGUCCCUACCCGAUCGAGAUGAACAAAGCAUCAGAUGCCGAUAUGAGCACAUCGUUUCGCCUCAUCAACGAGUUCGAUCGGGCCACAGACGAGGAUCGAUUCCAGAAGUUCAUGUUUGCUCCCACGGCGGCUGACGAUCAGCUCUUCGCCGAUAUGCUGCGUGCGCUGGAACGCCGUGGUGGCAUCUGGGUUGAGGCGGGCAGACUGAUCACACCGAGCUCACGGAAUCCAAAUCCAAGAGAGCGAGCCAGGUUCCUGGUCAAGGGUCUGUUUCCGGAACGAUUUGUGUAUCGGUGCAAAUACUAUCGAUCACGAAAGUUCGAGUCGAUGCCCAGUGACCUCGAUCUCAAGGAGGUCAAGAAGUUCGGUGCUCCUCUGGUCGUACACAUCGUCCAGGAGCGGACCGGCAACGAAGGGAUCGACCUGCAGGACUACGUCUCCACUCGAGCAUCAACAGCGUCGACCACAGCAGCCGUGGGCGAAGACGGAGAAGCGAGACUCGACUGGGAGUGGGACGAGGAAGACAACCUCACGUUCGACCAUCCCUCUGCAACCAAUCGAACGCCAGACGACAAUGCAGCACCACCUCCCGACUACACGGAUGCGCAGAAGGAGAUGCUCAAUGGGUACGGCAUCGAGUCACCGAGAGCGCAAGCGCUGAUCGAGGCAGAGCAAGACUUUUUCAAAGGUUGGAGCGUGGGAUACACAGAAGAGCCGUUUCGGAACGGCAACUGGAUGGAGUCGAUCGGUACAGGUUCGGCAUUGUGGUUCGCCGCAAGCGGGAUGUAG